UGAAAUUACCUUCUAAAAAUUAUUGAAUUAUGUUUGAAGAAUAUUUGUCUUAUAAAUUUUCGAAUCGAAAGUUAAUGCUUAGGAAGGAAAAUCUGCAUAAUAAAAGGGAUCGCCGCACUCAUUUCAUUUCAUCAUGAGCUUCAGUAAUGAAGCAAGUAACUCUCGAGUGCUUAGUGAGGAUAAACUCGUUAAAAAACAAAGUACUUGGAAAGAUAUUACUAGAAGACGGCUGGAUGUAAUAAUUUUUGGGGCAACAGGUUGUGCAGGACGUUUUACAGUAAGAGAAGCAGUGCGAGCGCUCAAACCGUAUUCAUGGGGCGUUGCAGGCCGAAAUAAGCAAAAAAUGAGAGACCUUUUGCAAGAUAUUGGCAUUCAAUCUAGAAAAAAUCUAUCGAAAAUUCCCAUAGCUGUUGCAAACCUAAAACAGAAAAGAUCGCUUUAUAGAUUGGCAAGAAAAUGCCGAAUUCUAAUUAAUUGCGUUGGCCCUUAUGAAUCAUACAGCGAGAAUGUUGUCAAAGCCUGUAUAUUAGCGAAAACCCAUUAUAUUGAUCUCUGUAUUGAGUCUCACUUUAUGGACUACAUACACUAUAAAUUCGAUGAAUUAGCUAAAAAAAGAGGUGUCUAUGUUAUAAUGAGUUGCGGACUGCAAAGCUUGCCUGCAGACGUUGGUAUCAACUAUAUGAGAAAUCACUUUAACGGCACUAUAAACAGCAUUGAUGCUUAUAUGGAAUUUUGGACUAAUAAACCAUGGGUUUUUGGCUCAAUAAUGAAUGUUUGGGCAAGUUUCAUUCUGGGGAAUAGCAACAUGAGAAGAUUUCGAAGAAAAUUGCUUCCGAAGAUGAAUCCGGUAGCCCCAUGCAGAACCAUAAUAAACGAACCAAACGUUGUAAAAGGAUUUGGUAUUCCUGCGCCCACAGUUGAUGAGGAUAUUGUUGACCGCACUCAAUUAUACUUUCUAGAAGAAAAGGACCUGAGGCCAAUACAGUAUCACAAUUAUAUUGUGUUUUCAAACCCUGCCAUCGCCUUGCUUCUUGUUUGCUGGUAUUACAUCAUUUUGAUUUUUUCACAACUCUCAUGGACUCGUCGUUUACUAUUAAAAUGCCCUCGUAUAUUCUCAUUUGGACUUUUCUCCUUCGGACCUAACGAGGACAAUGCAGAUGAAAUAUUUUUUCAAAUAACAUUUAAAGCAGAGGGUUGGGAUCAAAGCACAAAACUCAUUCGAAAUACAUUUGCUGAUUCACCCAAUAAAGUUGUAGUGGGCAGUGUAAGUGGCACCUGCCCCUUCUAUGGCGUGGCAUCGGUUUGUCUCUUGGUCGGCGCAAUAACGAUACUUAAUGAACGCUCAAAACUUCCACAUCGAGGAGGAGUUUACACCCCAGGAGCGGCAUUUGAGAAAACUAAAAUCAUAAAGGAACUUCAAAAAUAUGAGCACGGACUAUACUUCGAAAUUUUAAGCACAAAUCGAAUUGAUAAGAGCUGUUAACGCACUUUAAUAGAAUGCCUGCAUACUUAACUUUUUUAACUCUGAAUAAACACCUAUUUAUUAUUAAAAUUUGAUACAGCUGAA